AUGGCUUCUAGUUCACCAACUGCUGUCAACAACCCCUUCCCACGCCCAACACCACCCUCUCCUGACUACCAUCCAACGGUUAUAGUCGUCGUUUUCAUUUCAUUCGGCUGUAUCCUCUUAUUCGGAGCCGUUCUGUUAUGCAUUUGGUGGCUCAUCAAGAAGCACAAGGAGCGUAAGCACUGUCAUGAGAGGAAAAACAUUCACGAGAGGAAAGACGUCGAUGUGGAUGAGCAUUUGAGAGUUCAGGAAAUGAUCGUACGUGGACCUCACGGCCCGAAGAAGGUGUUGGUGCAGGUGGAUGACGAUGUACGUGUGCACAAGGAUAGUCACAAGGAGGAGAUUGAUAUGGUUGGUAAGGCCUUGUACGGAGAGCGCCAAGAGGGUAGCGCUGGUGCUAGUGGUUCUAGCCAAAACCAAAACCUAACCCUUCCUGAGCGCCAAGUUUGA